AUGCUUGCCCUCUGCAGCAGCACGACGACCCGCACGCUCGCGCGCACCUCGCCUGCGCUCCUGUGCCGCGCGGGCAGCACCUGGGCGCACGUCCAGUCGGGACCGCCAGACCCGAUCCUGGGCGUCACCGAGGCCUUUAAGCGCGACCAGGACCCGCGCAAGAUCAACCUGGGCGUGGGCGCAUACCGCGACGAGAACGGCAAGCCGUACGUGCUGCCGUCGGUGCGCAAGGCCGAGGAGCUCAUCCUCUCCCAAAAGGGCGACAAGGAGUACCUGCCCAUCACUGGUCUGGCCGACUUUACCAAGAACGCAGCCAAGCUGGCGUACGGCGCCGACAGCAAGCCGCUGCUCGAGGACCGCAUCGCCAUCACGCAGUCCAUCUCGGGCACCGGUGCGCUGCGCAUCGGCGGCGCCUUUCUCCAGCGCCACUACCCGCACUCCAAGACCAUCUACCUGCCGACGCCGAGCUGGGGCAACCACACGCCCACGUUCCGCGACAGCGGCCUCGAGGUCAAGCAGUACCGCUACUACAACAAGGACACCGUCGGCCUCGACCUCGAGGGCCUGCUCGCCGACCUGCGUGCGGCACCGAACCAGUCGAUCAUCCUCCUCCACGCCUGCGCCCACAACCCCACGGGCGUGGACCCGACGCAUGAGCAGUGGAAGCAGAUUGCCGAUGUGAUGCGCGAAAAGGACCACUUUCCCUUCUUCGACAUGGCCUACCAGGGCUUUGCCAGCGGCGACACGGACCGUGACGCCUAUGCGGUGCGCUACUUUGUCGAGCAGGGCUUCCAAAUUGCCCUGUCGCAGAGCUUUGCCAAGAACAUGGGCCUGUACGGCGAGCGCGUGGGCGCAUUCAGCCUCGUCACGGCCGACGCCGACGAAAAGGCGCGCGUCGACUCGCAGAUCAAGAUCCUCGUGCGGCCCCUGUACUCGAACCCGCCGGUGCACGGCGCACGCAUCGCCGGCAGCAUCCUCGCCGACGCCGCCCUCAACAAGCAGUGGCUUGGCGAGGUCAAGGGCAUGGCAGACCGCAUCAACGGGAUGCGCACCCAGCUCCGCGGCCUCCUCGUCGACGACCUCGGCAGCAAGCAGAACUGGGACCACAUCACCAACCAGAUUGGCAUGUUUGCCUUCCUGGGCAUCAACCCGGGCCAGGUCGACAAGCUCAUCAGCGAGCACCACGUCUACCUCACAAAGGACGGCCGCAUCAGCGUCGCCGGCAUCACGCCCCACAACGUCAAGCACCUCGCCCAGUCGCUCCACAGCGUCACGUCGUCGUAG